GCUUCCCAAAACCCAACAAGUCUUAUCCGUAUCCAACGAUCAGAAAUUCUCUGAAGGCGAGUCCCUCCAUUAAAUCCAUCAUCUUCCUUGUAUAUCCACUUUUAAAAACCACUUACUCUCUACUCUCCAGAUAACAAAGCAAAGCUGGUACGACAAUGGCACUUUCUGCUUCAGCCAUCACAUCCCCUAAAAAUCGUUUCACCAUUCAUAAACCCCUUUUACCCUCUAGACGCAUUUCUCAUUUAUCACCAUUUUCUUGUUUUUCUUGUUUAUCAAAUAAUAAAGAAUUAAAUUUCUCAUCGAAUUCAGUUUCCACAAGAAAGAAAUGCAUAUUUGAUAUGGGUAUUGGACUUCUAGCUGCUUCAAUUCUUGCUUUUACUCCAAUGGAUGCCAAUGCUACUCGUAUUGAGUACUAUGCUACUGUAGGAGACCCUUUAUGUGACUUCAAUUUUGUUCGCUCUGGUCUUGGUUAUUGUGAUAUUUCUGUUGGGUCUGGUCAGGAAGCUCCAUAUGGUCAGCUUGUUAAUGUUCAUUAUACCGCAAGAUUUGCUGAUGGGAUAGUUUUUGACAGUAGUUACAAACGGGGUAGACCUCUCACCAUGCGCAUUGGUGUUGGUAAGGUCAUUAAGGGGUUGGAUCAGGGAAUUCUUGGUGGUGAAGGAGUACCACCAAUGCAGAUAGGUGGGAAACGUAAGCUCCAGAUUCCUCCACACUUAGCAUAUGGGCCCGAACCUGCAGGAUGCUUUUCAGGUGACUGCAAUAUCCCUGGAAAUGCAACUCUUGUGUAUGAUAUCAAUCUUCUUGGUAUCUACUCCGGAAAUAGAAAAUGAAGUCCUUGUUCAUAUGGUGACAAAUAGAUGAAAUUCUUGUGAAUAAUGAAAAAUGGAGGUUGAUUACCGUUUCAACUUUUUAUCAAAAACUUAAAAAGUUCUCUAAAAUUUUAAAACAAGGUCAAUGAUGGUAUCAGAAGGGCCAUGGUGCUAUAAAAAGGCAAGCUUUAGUCCUGUGGGCAGACUGAGGUCACUACUAUUAGUAGCUCAGGUUAGAUACACAUUCAGACUCACUGGUUAUGCUUUGAAUGUGUCAACUAUUUAGCUGAGCAAUUAUGCAUUAAUCUUACUUGAGAGUGAGAGGCCACCAAGUUUUUAAUGUUAUGUAUAUGAUAAGCAUGAUUCAUGAACUUUUUUCUUUCAAUUCUCAUGAUAAUUUUUUUCCACUUUACCUGCAAGCCUUGUUUUUCAAACAGUUCUGCAAAUUAUCUGAUUAAAAUGCUAGAUAAUGCAGCUUAAAACAUUUUAUAGGUACAUGCUGCUUAUCAUAAAGAUAUCUGGGCUGCAGUGUAAUCUUUUGCCGUCACUGUACUAAUAUGCUUCCUUUUCUUUUGUACUUCGAAUUUUCUUGCAAUGCUUCUGUUACACUUUGAAUUUACUCGGAAUUGGUUAUUUCUCAUAGUUUAGAGAAAAUGGAAACUUCUUAUUCGGCUCGGAUCAAAUUUUACUUCCAAGUUUGAUGGUUCACAUUAUUUGCCCUUACUAAGAAGAUGAGCAUAUCAUACUGUUUCUCUCGCAGAGGUUGGAAUUCUCUAUCUUCCUUUGUACAUAGUAUGAGACAUGAACUUUGUAUCUAGCUAUCUUUUAAAUUUGAAUUAUUUAGUUGAUUUUUCAAGCUUCCACUUUUUUUUUUCCUGAAUUAUGCAAGUGGUGAGCCUUUGUACC